AUGGCGAGGUCUCCUGCCAUCGAUUUGCCAAAGAGUAGCACUGUUCUCGGUGGACGUGUGAGGAUCGCGAUGCGCCUCGGUACUGCCUGGGAAGUCUCCGAAGCUUUGCAGUCCAUCGACCAGUACACAGAAGGCGUGGAGUUCGAAAGCUACAGCUGCACCAGGACGAACGUCGAUGACCAAUGCGUGGAAUGGCAAGGGGAUAUCUCUUCACUAGAAGAGGUGGAAUGGACGAAAUGCCAGGCAGUAGACUCCACGCUCCACAGGUUGGGUGCUGUCUGGAUCUGCGACGAAUGGGAGCUCCCCAAAACACGUGAGCUCUUCCACGAGAGCAACAUCGGCAUCGUCAUCACCUUUGUCUUCUUCGAGGUUGCCCUUGUCUGUUGCCUCGUCAAGAGUUGCGACGAAGACGGCGACGCGCUCUUUGUCACAACGGCCUUGUCGUGGAUUACAGGCCUAUGCCUGCUGCCGUUCUUAGUCAUCACUCUGGGCUUCUACGGCUUUCUCUUUGCAGGUGGCAUCUUCUGGGUCGGUCGCUGCUGUUGCUGUGGAGCACUGUGCGUCAUGAACAUGAAGAUGCCCGAGUUUAAGCGGGCGGAGCAGCCCAGCAACAGAGUCCGCAUGCAACGUGGUGCUUCCAAGAUCUUGGGCCGCCAGACCUCGUCUGUGCUUCCGAAAUCCGUAAUACUGCGAGAUCCCCAAAGCCAGGAAGUUUUAUUGCGCUUCACCGCUGCCUACGGCUUUCGGAACAUCCAGAACGUCAUCCGUCGCAUCACGAAGGGGAGCAGCGAUGGCAAAGAAAUUGGGCACUUUGUGGAGAUCAUGGCAUGUCCUGGAGGCUGCCUCAACGGGGGUGGGCAGAUCGCGCCGGAGAAGAAGCCUGUCGAGGAGGAUCCCGACACGAAAGCUUCCAGCCAAGUGAUGCGAAGGCAACGCCUGCAGAAUCUUGAGCAGACUCUGGCUGAGGGUGAUGGCACAGCCUACGUGCAUCCAUCAGAGCAUCCGCUAGUUCUUCCGAUCUAUCGCUACAUCGUUUCCCAGGCCAGCGGUGAUUGUCGCGACGUGCCUCUCGAAGGCCUCGUCGGAUCUGUCGGGGCGAGGAGCUGGCUGUCGACGGAGUGGAAGAGCCUCAAAGUCGACAGUGACGGCAAAGACGUCGUCAGCAGCUCAGUCUUGAAAUGGUGA